AUGGCGGCAGCGACAGCAAACAACGGGGGCGCUGCCAAAGUCGCGACUGAGUUCGAGAAGAUCAUCCACGCAGCCCGCGAGCGCAAAAAGGCCGAAGAGCUUGCUGCCAAAAUUUUCGGGAAAGACCGUCGACAGAGUGCUGGACCCGGUCCUCUUUCUAGCCGCGCCGGCGUGAAGAAGAACAAGGACAAGAAGCGCCUGCGCCACAGUACUGGCAAUGUCGAUGUCAGCACGAGCACACCCGCUCUCGGCCCCCUUGCCUCACGCAUCACCGACCCCAACGCCUUCAUCCCGCCAGCUGCUAACCGCAACCGGCAAAAGCGGCAUGCCGCAAAGCUUGCCCAAGCUCUGAUCCGCUCAGAACUACAGCAGCCGCCCAACAAUAGCACCCAACAAAAGAAUGAUUCAACCCCCUCACCCAACGGGGCGCCCCCUACUGCGCCGACAGGGCCCGCGGCGACAAGUUUCAGCAAGAACCAGGGUUUCCAAAUCCGAGGACUGGCCGGGCCAUACGUGGUGAUGGCCCAGAACUUUGCGCCCGGCACGACGGCAGCCGACAUCGAGAGUGCCAUGACUCCGGUGGGCGGCAUCAUCGAGAGCUGCCGCAUCAUCAAGCAGCGCCCGAUUGUGAUUGCCGAGAUUGUGUUUGAGAGCAAGGAGGGUGCCCAGAAGGUGAUUGACACUUUCAACAACCAAACUGCUGAUGGCCGAGUGCUGUCCGUCUACUUCAAGCCAGGCAACACCCCUUCGACAUAUCCUCCUUCGCGCCCGUCAUCCGAUCGUGAUGCCAUGGUCAUCGACGGCUCUUACGGGUUCCCCGAGUCAGACACCACCACUAGCGGUGGUCUGUAUAGUGACGAGAUGGUCAAGACCAACCGCUGGGGUCGCGGCUUCAACAAGGCGGGGCGCUUCUCUGGAUGA